CACACACAGGGCAUCAUCCACCCACAGACACGAAGAACAAGCCGUCCUCUGUGAUUAAUGCCUGAGUCUCGCUCCAACCUUCACAUUAUUGUCUCUGCGCUUAUCGUUGUGACUCUGCAUGGAUUACAACUCGCAUGGACCCGCUCAGGCUGUGGAGGAGCUGAUUUUUUUUACAAUUACACAGCAGGUGUGGGAGAGAUCUGACACAGUGUGUGUGGGCCCUACAGUGUGAAACAGAGUGGAGAUGAAGAUCGUUCUUCCUGUGUUUGGAGGCGGCGAUGGAGGGGAGUCCCGGGGCCUCCGCGGUAAAAUGUCGAGGAUGAGGGGGAUGAGGAGGCUGAAGUGGCUCAGACAGAAUCAUGUGGACGCUCACGUGUACUCAGAGCCCGGCGUGUGGCUGAGGAGCUUCCACCUGUUAGACACUGAUGCUCUGUAUGAGGAUCCAGUGCAAGAAUGGGGGGAAGAGGAGGAGGACGGCGCGGUGUACGGCAUUACACUGCGCAGGGAGCCCGUGCUCUCGAGUCCCGACAACGCGGAGCUACCUACAACUUUUAGCUUUGUCCAGUACCACACGGUGAAAGUGCGCCGGCUGAAGGCCGCCACCCUUGAGUAUCUGGUCACUCACCUGCUGGGCCCUGAACACCAGGAGCGGGACUUCACUCGCAUCUUCCUCUCCACCUACAAGGCCUUCACCUCGACCAGCACCCUCAUUGAGCUGCUCUUUCAGAGAGAUGACUCAGUCACCAACCUGGACAACAGCAUCUGCCCUCACAGUACCUUACCUUCAGUGAUUCAGAUGUGGCUGGAGGACUACAGUGAAGAUUUCCAUGAGCCUCCUCUGUACCAGGCCCUUAGGCUGUUGGGUGUGCACUUGCGGCAUCGCCUCUGCUUCAGACGUUUGGCCCAGACUGCAGAGUCUCUGCUCAAAAGGCUCCAGGAACAAGAUCGCAGCUGCUCUUCGUCACAGCUCAGCAGUAAAUCUUUGGAGCAGGAGCCCAGAGAUGAGAUAGAUGGAGGAGAGCCAUCCAGGAAAGAUGAAGACAAAUACAGCUUUAUGGACCUUCCUGUGGGAGAAAUAGCAGAGCAGCUGACCAGACUGGAUGCUGUCCUCUUUGUCAGAGUGGUGCCCUUCCACUGCCUGGGCUGCGUCUGGUCCCAGCGUGACAAGAAGGAAAACAGAAACCUGGCGCCUACUGUCCGCGCCACCAUUUCCCAGUUCAACGCUGUCACCAACCGUGUCAUCACCUCACUCCUCUGCCCGUCCUCACCCAGCCCUUCCACUUCCUCUCCCAUCUCAUCACCCAGCUCCUCCCCUGGCUUCCUGUACCCGUCCACCGCCCCGAGCUCACCUCACUGCUCACAUACCAACCCCGUCCACAGAGCACGCAUCAUUGAGUGGUGGAUUGCCGUUGCACAGGAGUGCAGAGAGCUGAAGAAUUUCUCCUCACUGAGGGCCAUCCUGUCAGCCCUGCAGUCCAACGCUGUGUAUCGCCUGAAGAAGACAUGGGCUGCUGUCUGCAGGGAGAGCAUGAACACCUUUGACCACUUGUGUGAGACUUUUCCUGAUGAAAACUGUGUGCUCGCCACCAGAGAGAUCCUCGUGGAGAAUGAAAGUCACCCGGACAGCGAUGUCAGCGCAGGCUCCAAGUCACCACAGCUCUGCUCAGUGUCCAGACACGUGAACCACGGCGGUGGCGUUGUGCCGUACCUGGGCACUUACCUGACGUGUCUCACCAUGCUGGACACAGCACUCACUGACACUGUAGAGGGUGGACUCAUCAACUUUGAGAAACGCAGGCGGGAGUUUGAGAUUCUCUCCCAGAUCCGACAGCUUCAAAUGUCCUGCUCCCACUACAGCUUCCCAGUGAACCCUCACAUCACUGCGUGGCUGCAGGCACACACGCUGCUCACAGACCAGGAGAGCUAUGAGCUGUCCCGGGACUUGGAGCCUCCAGUGGACCCGUGUCCCAGUCCCCCCACCUCAUGGAGCAGCCGUCUGCUCACAAAGAAACUGGCCUCGUUGCGAGCUGCCAGUGACAGCUCCACGAGGAAGACCCACGCCGAUCAGAUCAGUGUGUCGUCUUCUGGCUCCAGCAGUUCAGACAUGGAGGACCUCUCAGGCCCUCAGCCUUCGCCCCUCAGGCUCAAACUCAAGUCUUUCUCAGGUUCUCUCCACAAUGUAGCAGAGGACUUCUCGUCCUCCUCCUCCUCCUCUCCCAGCCUUUCCAGCUCCUGCUGCAGCUCCUCUCACCCAGACCUCAGCUCCUCGUCUCUGGCAUUGAGCCCGGAGUCGCCUUCCUCCAGCUGCUCCUCUCAGGCCUCGCUGCCCCUCUACAACAAACAGGUCGCUGACUCGUGCAUCAUCAGGGUCAGCGUGGAGUCUGUCAGCAAUGGAAACGUCUACAAGAGCAUACUGCUGACCAGUCAGGAUCACACACCCCAGGUGAUCCAGAGAGCUGUUGAAAAGCACAACAUGGACGACGUCAGCUGCCACGACUUCAGCCUCUAUCAGAUGCUCAGCAAUGGGAAAGAGCUCCAGAUCCCCGACAAAGCCAACGUGUUUUACGCCAUGUGCAACACUGCCAACUACGACUUUGUCCUGCGCCAGCACCGGGGAAACCGCGGGAGACAUCUUGGCUCUGUUUUCAGUCCUGGAGUUCCAGCCAAGCGUCGACACGCCAAGUGAUAAGCAUCUGUCCAGACUCGAGGAUUAGGAUUUCAGCGAGGAAACGCGAGCUGUUCGACUGCAACAACAACAACAACAACAACACAACAGCACCAGCUGUGAUUGAUUGUUUGCAUCUGCAGAUCACGAUGAGGUGGUGACCGUGCAGCAGAUACGAGAAUCUUGACAAACCCGAGAGUUUUGAACAAAAAUGGAAGGAGUUCUCGGCAAGAGGAGGUUAAAUAUGAUUUAUUCUGGAGAGGCUGAAGUAUUUAAGGGAUAAUAGUGUACGUAGAAGAGAGAAAAGAGAGCGAGAGAGGACCAGAGUGCAGGGUGGUUGCGUGUCAUCUCGACCUCACUGCGGAUUGAAUGAAUCACAGAACCCAGAGCCGUUUUUUCCCUUAGAUGAACACAUUAUUGUAUGCAUUAUGAUUAGUGACGCUCUGGCGUUCACUGCAGCCGGUUACAUACACCAGGAGCAGCAGGUCUGGUCAUGACUUCACUGCGGCUGCAGAAUCAGAGGCUACGCACAGGGAGACGUAGCUUCUCGACAUUUCUGUUUGAACCAGGAACAGGAGCUGCCGAGUUUCUCACCUACUGAACUCGAUGUUCACAGUCAGGUGAUGAGUAAAUGAUUGUUGACCUGUGGAUCUGGGUCACAUGUGAAAAUGCCCUUGUUGCAGUAGGUGUUUUAAUGUAGUUUUAUCAGUUUUAAAUUAUUUAUUGCACUUCAGUAUUCAGCUUUUAGAGCAAACGUGAUGAUAGUGUUUCUGUAUUGUUUGUUUUAUAUGCACGUUAGAUCCUCCUUUAUUCUGAGAAACCUGCUCAACAGAAAUGACAAAAAAUGUAUUAGUUUGAAUGGAGGAAGCAGGUUUCCUCUGUCUGUCGUCACUUUUAAAUGCAUGCGUGCCGUGGUCUUGCCUGGAGUGUGGUAUUAUGUGUGUCAGGAGACAAACACGCACACAUUGUGUGUGCGAUGACUGUUGGUGAAGGCCGUGGUUCUCACCCUGAACCACGGCCCUGAGUAUGUGAUUGUCUCAGUGAUGUGAAAUCCUCCACGCUGCUUUGCGCAGGUCCUAAUAUUCAGUAUUCCAGUCACUUGGAGAUGUAGACACAGUUGAUUUACACUUGUCUACAUUUUAAAAGAAAGACCUGACUGAGUUCUGUGUAGUAUUCUGCGUCACUGAGUCACAUUUUUAAAGCUAUGUUGGUUGGUUAAACGUUACCUAAACGAAGUAAAAGUUAAUGGUUAAUAACAUGUGGCAGCUGCAGCGAAUGAAGGAGGAGGAGUCAGAGAGUGAUUUCUAUCACCUCUGUCUGUCUUGAGUCUUAUUAUGAAUCUAUGUUCUUGUCAAGCAUGUACUGUAUUCUGUGUUUUCAAUGUUGUGCAUGUGAUAAUUUAUUCUCUGUUCUGUUUUUAUUUCAGCAGAUUCUUCUCUUUUAAAGUUUAUUCUAAGCACUUUCUGUGUAUAAUUAGCAUUAAAUAAAGUCUAUUUAACAUCGA